AUGCCUCCUCGUCGCCGAACAGCAAACACUGGGCAGUCUACACUGUCGUUCGGCUCCCAGGCCCGGGUCACCAAACCAGUUACCGCACCCUCCAAGGCCAAGGCUCUCGACUCGCUCCCACGAACCAAAGCCUCUCCGACUCCAGAGUCACCAUUGUCGGAAGUCCCGGAAACUUCCAAGCCUCAUGUCGCAGAAUUAGUAGUGCGCCAGCAGGCCGCAGUUGAAGCUGAAGCCCCGCAAACCGAAGAGGACCGACAGGCAUUGAAGUUGAACAAGCAGGACAUCUGGCGAUACUGGAGAGCUCAAGAUGAGAAUCGUCUGGCACCUCGAGUACACCAAGAGGGACUGGACAUAGAAGAAAAGAUUCUGAGAAAUUUUGAUCUCUCAAGUCAGUAUGGGCCCUGCAUUGGAAUCGCUCGAAUUAAGCGCUGGCGUCGCGCCAGCCAGUUGAAGCUCAAUCCUCCCCUCGAAGUUCUGGCGGUCCUCCUCAAGGGAAAGGACAUAAAGGAACGAGCAUACAUUGACGAGUUAUUGUCAUGA